GUAAACAUUUGUUAGGGAUCACUGUGUAAGCACAGAUAGCACCCUGAAUUGCCCCUGUGACGAGCAUCGGGGUGACAGCGGAGGUAUUGAUCGGUGGAGGAUAGAUGGUCUGAGCUGAUAUAAAACUCGGGUUCUGCUCAGGCCGGGCAGUGAAGACCAGAGGAGCCUCAGAUCCUCAUCAUGCUGCCCAUCGCUCUGCUCUACAUCCUGCCCGUGGUCCUCUCCCACACCCGAGCUCUGCCCUUAUACCCAGACACAGUGCUGACCCCACCGGAAGAUCUGCUUCAGAAGUUGGUGUCAGAAGUGGAGGAGGGUCAGAGUGAUGAUCUGAGUGAACAGAGGGAGGUUAAGAACGUCCUCCCCCUCCUGAUCCAGCGAGACCGAGAUCACGACUCCUGGCCUAAAGAAGCAAAGGAAUCUCUACAGCAGGCAAAAAUGAAUAACAUGGUGGAGGAUCUGAAGGCGGUGAUGCUAAAACUGGCGGCAGCAGAUAACCUGCGCUCUCAGGGCUUCGUCCGCUCCGAGCAGAGCUUACCCAAACCCAACAAGAGAGCCUGUUUCUGGAAGUACUGCGUCACAAAUUAGGAGCUGAUCCCUCCGGAAUUACAGAGGAACAGCCCACCCCACCCUUCUGCACAAACAAAUCCACCACCACUGUUUAUCUUCUCCAUUACACAGCGCUCCAGCAGUCCUCCAGCACGGUGAACAGAGGUUCACACACGCCACAGAACUGUGACACGUCUAUAUUUUUAAUCACAGUGCAUAAAAUAACCUGUGGACUGAUGUUUUAGGAGGUUGUAUGUCUGAGACCAUCACUGUGCCUGUAAAUGUUAGAAGCUUUUCUUUUAAAGGCCUUUAGUUUAGUUCUUUGUUUAGCGAUGUGUACAUUCACAAGAAGCAGAUGAUGGAACGAUGUUGUUAAUAUUAAAGUAUGAAAUGAUUUUAUUUUUCAUUAAAAUGUGAAAAUGUG